UUCUCGCACACAGCUCUGACCUCUUCCUCUUCCCCUUCUCUGGUCCUUCACAGGCGGCGACCCUCGUUCGCCGGCGGCGAGCCAUCUCCUUCACCGCCGACGGGAAACAAGCUGCGCUAUCUGAGCUUAUUUCCUCCUCCCCGCUAGACCUCUCCCGCCAUGUAGCAACUGCCUUCUCCUAGUGCAGAUCACUAGACCGCAGUCCUGCCUGCAGUGGCAGUAAGUUAACAUAAAGACAUGGACCUUGACAAGGAAGUCACUGCUGCUAGGUUAACCGAUGAUCUAGUAGUCGAUAUCCUCUCUCGGCUGACGUACAAGUCUUUCUGCCGCUGCAAAUGUGCCUAUAAGGCCUGGUCCGCCUUCUCUGCUGAUCCAGACUACUGCAAGAAGCUGCCCAAAAAAGUAACCACUGGCCUUUUGUACCAAGGCCACAAUAAGUCUGCAAUCCCGCUUGUUAGCCUGUCCCAAGAUGAUGGAGAAAUCGAUGGAAUUCUUUCUGACGUGCCACAAUAUGAGCAUUUAGAAUUUCUUGACUGCUGCAAUGGUCUUGUUCUCUGUAAGUACAGGAGCAGCUAUACCUCUCCAGGCAUUUGUCGCUUUGUUGUGUGCAACCCAGCAACACGAGAGUGGAGGAUACUUCCUGACACUCAUGUUGGAACUGAUAGCCGUCGUGAUGCAACUAUUUUGGCAUUUGAUCCUUCAUGGUCACCACACUUCUAUGUCUUCAACUUUAAUCAGCAUUACCACAGUCCGAUGAGCAAACUUGAGAUCUUUUCUGAUGGGUCCAUGUGGCUUGUGGAUGAUAAAUGGGAUUCUUAUGUAAGUGUUUGUUGGAGAUCUCACUUAUUUCUUGAUGGAGUGUUGUAUGCGGAGACUACUGGACAAGACGUUUUGGUGUUUGGAGCCUUGAAGUUAAUGCGUGAUGGCAAACUUCCCUAUCAUCAGAUCAUUGAGAAGCCAUCUGACACUUUUUAUGUGGGUACUUUUACCCAUGGUUGCUUUGGCAAAUCUUUAGGGAACUUACACUAUGCGAUGCCAGAUGUGAGUGGUCACUCAAUCGUGAUUUGGACUCUAGAUGAAUAUGCUCAUGAUUGGUAUGUGAAGUGUCAUACUAGUAUGACAGAUGCAUUUGGAAGGGAUGACUUUGUUUACUAUGACAAUGGUGGCGAUGGUGGUGACCUCCACUGGUUUUGGAACUGUGAUUACUGGAUUCUUGCUCUCGAUUUGGAGAGAGACCUUGUUUUCCUCUCUGACCAGAAGACAAAUAAGCUUCUUUCUUACAACAUCAGCACCAGGGAACUCAAUGAGAUACGAGACCACUUUGAGCGGUUUCAAUACCAUGUCUAUGUACCAUGCUACUCAAAACUUCCAGCUCAAGAAUCUUCUGUGUAGUGAAUGACGUCUUCUUUUCUGUAUGCCAGCAGGACCAAUCCCUGUUUUAUAUGCUGAACCACCUUGUAAAUUACUAUGUUAGUCGGUGUUAUAAUGUGUGUCCAGGCCAAGAAACUUAAACUUUUUAUUUCGUUGGGAUGCCAGGUUUUUCUAUUAACCUAAAAUGUUACCAGCUUACUACCUUGUUUAAGUUCAGUAUAUGUAAGAUUACAUUGUCUUUUCUUA